CGUCUGAGCAUCCUUCACGGGGGAUCCAUCGGAAAGUAGAAAGAAGCUUUGCUUUUCCUUCCUUCUUUAAAAAAAAUUACUGAGAAAACUUUUUAAUUAACGAAUACUCAGCGACCCAAUUAUGAGUAAAAAUCAGAGUUGAGAGUGAUAAUCCGGACCAACAUAUUCACAACUUGCUCCUUUUUCUAAGAUUGUGAUCGAGUCCGGGAUUUUUUCUCAGGGAGAGACAGAUACUGAGGGAAACUGAGGGGCUGGGGGUGUAUAACGACGUCGUGGAAUGGCAGGGACGAGGAUGAGCGACGGAAGUGGCAGCAGUGGCCGCAGUAGCAGAGGGGAAAGCGUCGUGUUCGACUGUGGUAGGCACAAAAGCUCUUGCGGAUAUUGCCGAUCCCCCGGUUGCAGCAGCAUCUCUCACGGUUUAUGGGCGGAUAGCCUUACAGUUGAUGAUUACCAAGAUCUUCUUGACCGGGGUUGGAGAAGAUCUGGCUCUUACCUGUACCAACCGGAGAUGGAAAGGACAUGCUGCCCUUCUUAUACUAUUCGGCUGAGGGCAGCUGAUUUUAUUCCUUCUAAGGAGCAACUUCGAGUGUCUAGACGAAUGCAAAGGUUUUUAGAUGGCACUUUGAAUAUUAAGAAACCAGUCGAGCUCAUGGAGGAUCCAAAUACUUCCAAGGAUACAUGCAGCUGUGCUGGUAAUGAAGUUUCAAGCUUGUCCACAAAGGAAUCCUUGUCUAGUAACAAUGGAAAGAAGAACGAAGCCGAACAAAUUUUAAAUUAUUUGUCAGACCAAAUUGACAAUGCAGUAUUCAUAUGCAAGGAAAGUUGGAAAUUUCUCUGCGAUAUUCAGUUACCAAAAGCUUUUGUCAAAAAGGUUUCAGAAGCCAAAAGGAAGCUACUAGUUGAAGGAUCAGAAGAUCUCUUGUACUCCAGCAAUAUUGCAUUUCAAAUAGCGGCUGCGAUAAGGCAGGCACAAUCAUGUGAUAACAACAAGUUAAGACUAUCAGGACAUUCUGCAGAAGAAAAUGAGCUGUCUCCAAAACUUAUUGCGGAAAAAUUGGCAAGGUCUUUAAGUCAGCUGGCAGAAACUUCUCGUCUGUUAAUCAGGGCUUGCAAUGGACACAUAAAUUUUUAUUCUGCUAGCAAGCACUUGUUAUCAGAUAGAAGUGUUCAAGUUCAUACAGUUUCAAAUAAAUCUGCAGAAGGUUGUGCAAGUAAAAAGUGCUGUUUGGAGAAGAGCUCUGAACAACCUCUGGGGAAGAAGCAGAGGCUUGAGAUCCGUAUGAAAAGGUCCAGUUUUGAGCCAGAAGAAUUUGCUUUAUAUAAAAAAUAUCAGAUGAAAGUGCAUAAUGAUACCCCAGAUCAUGUCACUGAAAGCUCAUACCAAAGCUUUUUGGUCGACACUCCAUUAGUAUUUGUGCCACCAACUGGCGAUGGCACCGUUCCUCAUUGUGGCUUUGGUUCUUUCCAUCAGCAAUAUUUGAUUGAUGGCAGGCUAGUUGCAGUUGGUGUAAUCGAUAUCCUUCCUAGAUGUUUGUCAAGUAAAUACUUGUUCUGGGAUCCAGACUUUGCCUUCCUAUCGCCAGGGAAAUACUCAGCCCUGCAAGAAAUAGAUUGGAUAAGAGAGAAUAAAGUCCAUUGCCCUAGUCUUCGGUAUUACUAUCUUGGUUAUUAUAUUCAUUCGUGCGACAAGAUGAGAUAUAAAGCCGCAUAUCAUCCAUCUGAGCUUCUAUGUCCUCUUCGUUACCGGUGGAUUCCUUAUGAUAUUGCAAGGCCUUUGCUUGAUAGAAAGCUAUAUGUAGUCUUAUCAGAUUUUGCCAUUUUACAAAACGGAGAGUCCUCGCCAUCUCGCAUUUCUGAAAAUGUCACGGAAGUGCAACAUGAUGACAUUUGCCAAGACUCAAAUGAUCUUUGUAUGGAAGAGGAUGAAGAAAUGAUUGAUCCUGACUGUGAAAGCUCUGAUGAUGAAUCAGGCCCAGAAAGCAGUGAUAAGGUUUUUAUCGAAAUAGACGAUGGUGGCAUCAGUAAUAUAUUAAUUGGGUUGGAGAGAUCUCGUUUGAGAUACAAGGAUCUACCAGAAAGCAUUGAGAGGAGGAGAGACUUGGAAUCCCGGUUGCAUAGGUACAUGAGGGUCGUGGGUGCAGAGCUCUCCGAGCGAAUGGUUUAUUCACUUGGAUGACUCGAUUCUUUCCUAAAGGCGAUCAAAAAGAGAGAGAAUAUGUUCAGCUCAAGAAAACCGUCAUUCUUAGAGUGAAACUGAAUCUGAGAAGAGAGAGAUUGAGUUUGAAGGAACCACCAAUGGAGUUGAACGUACCUGAGAAGAUAGAUAGAGAUAUUGAGGUGUACAUUACGAGUGGAGUGGGGGAUAUUUGUCGGAGAUGGGGAAAGGAGAGCGAGGUGCAUUUAAGUUGGUCUAUAAUCCCUGGCCUAUUCUUUUUCUGCUUGGUUUGAAGAAAUACCAGUUUGUAUAACAAUAACAAAAAUAACCCGAUUCUGUUCAAAAUUUUCCAUUCAAGCAAACGAUUUUCCUACUAAAA